AUGACGUGCGCGCGCGCCGAGGACGCCAUCUCGCCCGCCGCCGCCGCCGCCGCGGGCGACGACGACGAUGUGUCGGCUGCCCCGUUCCAGGGGCGGCUUGAUCCAGAAGGUGGCUGCCGGCGGCGGCGGGCGGAGAUCGGCCGGCUUAGCGCGCUCGCUGCAGCGCUCGGCACAUCUGGCGACCGGGGACGGCGACGCUCUGGCGCCGGCGCCGGAGGCCAGUUGCUCCGGGGUAAGCUCUCGGUUGACUUGCUUCUUCCUCCAAUUGGCGCGGCGUUCACCCUGCACAAAAUUCACAAUCACAAUUUUUGUCUGGAUUCGGAUGGGAUAGGUAAGAGCAAUGGUGGUGGGAAGUGGGAAGAUAGCCACAGGAUGCGGCAGUACAGGUCGCAGCUCGAGCAGGAGGUCAAGAAAUUGCAGAGGCAGCUUGAAGAAGAGGUCGAUCUGCAUGUGGCUUUGGCGGAUGCUGUUACACAAAAUGCUGCGCCUCUAUUGAAGUCUUCUAUGAAUCUUCCACACAAGGCACAGGAGCUACUGAUUAACAUCGCCUCCUUGGAGACUACCGUUUCAAAGCUUGAAAAGGAGCUAAAUGAUCUGUACUACCAGCUUUGUCACGAAAGGAAUGAAAGGUUACUUGCUGAAAAUAAUCAGGGAUGCUUGCCGUCUACAUCCUCAGAUGAGCACCAAUCAUUGUCAACUUGCACAUUUACUUGGGAAGAACACAUAUCAUCGUUGAGAGAUUUGAAGUUUGGAGGGUAUGAAUCAAUGAGGUCAACGAGACAGGACUUAUUCCCUGAGCUUGAAGAUGACCAGGAUAUGGGAGAAGAUCCUGAAGGUCAACAGAUGGUUUCUUUAAACAGGCUGCUAGAAAAGCACCGAGAUUCUUCUUUGAAUAGACUUCUUGAAAAGCACCGGGAUGAAGAGAUGCAAGAAUCAUGCCCCGUGGAAAAUGAAGGCAAUGAAGAUGAGCAGCCUGACGCCUUAUCAUUUGAACAGUCCAUUCUAAAGAUAACUAGCAUGAAAGGAGGGAAUCUUUGGAGCGACCCAAAUGAGCUCUCCGAGGAGAUGGUUCGCUGCAUGAGAAACAUUUUCCUACGCUUAUCUGAAUCCUUGAAGAUAUCGCCGAAGGCAUCUUCUGAUUGUUCAUCUUCCUCAGCGGAGCGUCUAUCAGGCUCCACAUUAGCAUCUUUCUCAGAUUCAUCCAUAAUGCCUUCAAUGCUACAGAGUCCUUCAGUUGAUUCUAACCACAACGACGAGACAAUGAAGGAAGUCAGGAACUUUGAUCCGUAUAAAGUUAAUGGAAAGGAAACCCAAAGAGAUAUAGGAAACUAUCGUUCAGCAGCUGAAGUAUCUUGGAUGUCUGUUGGAAAGGAUCAACUCGAAUAUGCAUCUGAAGCUCUAAAGAAGUUCAGAUUUCUAGUGGAACAGUUGUCAAAGGUUAAUCCUAGCUGUAUGAAUCGUGAUCAGCGGCUAGCCUUUUGGAUUAACUUAUACAAUGCUUUGAUAAUGCAUGCGUAUUUGGCAUAUGGAGUACCUCGAAAUGACAUCAAGCUUUUUUCUCUAAUGCAAAAGGCUUGUUACACAGUUGGUGGCCAGUCCUUCAGUGCAGCGGAAAUAGAGUUUGUGAUUCUAAAGAUGAAGACUCCAGUGCAUCGGCCCCAACUUUCUUUGAUGUUGGCUCUGAAUAAGUUCAAGAUUACUGAGGAUCACAAGAAGUACUCAAUCGAUGAAUUUGAACCCCUUUUGUUGUUUGGACUUAGCUGUGGAAUGUUCUCUUCUCCUGCUGUACGUAUUUUCUCCGCCGCAAAUGUCAGGCAGGAGCUCCAGGAAUCUUUGAGAGACUAUAUUCAAGCGACUGUUGGUACAAAUGACAAAGGGAAACUGCUUAUUCCAAAGUUAGUGCAGAGCUAUGCCAAGGGAGCUGUUGAAGACUCUCUGCUUGCAGACUGGAUCUGCCAUCACCUUGCUCCUGAUCAAGCUGCAGUCAUCCGAGAUUCUUCUUCACAGAGGAAGCAGCGGCUUCUUGGAUUUCGAGGUUUCACUGUUCUCGCAUUUGACUCGAAGUUUCGGUACCUCUUCUUGCCUGACAGCAGUGGCUCUCAGAAGCUAGAGGCAAAACAAUCUUACAAACUUCCUGAGCCGUGUUCAAAAUAG